AUGGAGAAGCAUACCUCUUGUUCUGCCAAGGGCGACGGCAAUCAGCCUCGAAUCAUCCCACAGGACACAACGAAUGAGCGAAUAAAACGCCUGGAGAGCAAUCUGGAUACUGGGGAUAAAUGCGAGUUUGUUGGAUAUGGUCGAGCGGUGACUGGAGACGAUGGGGCAUUGUAUGGGCCUUUUCGGCUUAAGGACGGCCUCUUUUUUUCAUUGAGUCCAGUCGUUGUCGACAAAGAAUUCUUAACAUCAAACAAAAUUUCCCAUAUUAUGGCUAUUGAUGAGGGCCUUCCACAACCAUCUGAAGACUCCCCAGCAAAUGUGGUGUCAGAUGAGUCAACGCUGAUGUCCCCAACCCGCCACCUCAAACUUCACUGGCAACAGGGGGAGAAGUUUAGCGAGUCGGCCAUAGAUAAGGAAAAACUAAAGGACCUAGCAGCAGCUGUUGCAUUCAUCGACGACGCAGUAGAACAGGGAGGGAGCUGCUUGUUGCACUCCUCCGAGGAUCUUACCUUAGCAGCUGUGCCUGCCAUUGUAUACUUCGUUGUGAAGCAAGUCAAGCAUGUCACCCAGAUUGAGCAUUUGGUUAUAAUCCUCGUUGCAUCGCUUCGAGGUUGGAGAACCGUGUCGUGUUACUAG